AUGAAGAAACAGCUCUGGUCCCUGGCCCGUCUGACCCUCCCGGCGCUGGGUUUCGCCCUGACCUCCGGCGGGGUGUGCCUGGCCUUCCUCCACGAGCUGAUGGUGGUUCCGAGUUACAUCAUGAUCGCGCUGGGCUUCGUGUGCAUGAUCAGUGGGGUGUUCUGGAGCGUGUUCCUCAGUCUGAAGAGCAAGAUGUACCACAGAGGAGCUCCCAGGCCUCGGAUACACGUCUUCACUAUAGACAGACCCAGAUCUUUCCCUCCAUCAUACGAGGAAUCCCAGAGCACCCAGCACUGCCGGCCCCUCGAGUCCCCCCCUGAGUCUCCCUCUCCUCUGGUGCGUCCCUCUGAGGUGGUGCUGACGGUGGCCCCUCCUCUCUACAGCCCCGACAGCUCUGAAGCCCCAGACUGCACCUGGAGCUGGGAGCCUCCGCCCCGAUACAGCCAGGUGGUGCAAUGUCCCACCCCGUGA